AUGGACGCCGACGCUCCCGUUUCCCGUGAGACCUGGGCCCCUCGCUCGCCCCCUCCUGCUGGCGAUCGGUAUGAGCAGCGCGGUGCUGCCCAGGACGUCGACAUGCGCGACUCCCGCGAGCCCCGUGACGACAUGCGCGACCGUCGCGACGAUCGCGACCCCCGUGACGAUCGCGACCCUCGCGGAGGACGGCCUGACGACCGCAUGGACCGCAGCUCGUGGUCGUCACCUUCGCCACCCUUGGCGUCCCCUAUAGCGUCGAGUUCGCCAUGGGAGCAAUCCGACCGCUACCAUCCUUACAGCCCCCGCCGCAGCUCGGGCCCGUCCCGUUCUCAACACAAGCUGCGCGGGGGUGGCGACCACUAUUCGCCUUCCCCCACGUCGUCUUGUGGCUCUCCUCAUCACUCCUACCGCUCUUCCCCUGCUCCUCGUUCGCCUCGUCGCUCCUACUUACCUCGCAGGGAAAUGGGUGGUCCUGCUGCGGCCCCUUCUCGUCCCCCCAACGCUCCCCGUGUCGACGCCAACCCGGUUCUCGGUGUCUUUGGUCUGUCGAUCCGCACUCGCGAGCGUGACCUCGAGGACGAGUUCUCGCGCUUUGGUGACGUCGAGAAGGUCGUGAUUGUCUACGACCAGCGUACCGACCGCUCGCGUGGAUUCGGCUUCAUCACCAUGCGCUCGACUGAGGACGCCACUCGCUGCAUCGAGAAGCUCAACGGCAUUGUUCUCCACGGCCGUGCCAUCCGUGUCGACUAUUCGGCUACCAACAAGGCCCAUGCUCCCACUCCCGGAGAGUACCGCGGGGCUUCGGUGGAGGCGACCGUUACGGCGACCGCUACGACCCCCGCGACCGCGACCGCCGUUGGGGACCGCUUCGGUGGCGGUGACCGCUGGGGCCCGCGUGGAGGCGACCGCUACGGCGACCGCCCCGAGCGUCCCGAGCGUGGAGGCGACCGCGAGGAGGGAGGCUGGGGCCCGCGUGGUGGCCGCGACGGUGGCGACCGUGACGACCCUUACGCUGGUCGUGCUCGUCGCGACGAUGGUGAGCGUGGCUUCAGCGGCCGCGAGCCUCGUGGAGACCGCGACGACCGUCGUCGCACGCCCUCUCCCAGGGCCUUCAGGCAGUCUGCCUCUCCUGACCGCCGUCCUCCUGCCCAGGAGGAGUCCCGUGACCAGUACUAA